AUGUCCAGCGCUGAGGAUGUUAAGUCCAGCGCUAAAGAUAUAAAGUACAGAGCUGAAGCUCUAAAUUCUACAAAUGGUGGAUCAUGUGACCCUGUGACAGGGGAAUGUCAUUGUCGACCUGGCUAUAAAGGAUCACUUGUUCUAAAGGCAAAUUGUUUGUGUCAUCGUGAUGGAUCAUGUGACCCUGUGACAGGGGAAUGUCAUUGUCGACCUGGCUAUAUAGGAUCACAUUGUUCUAAAGUUUGUCCUGCUGGGACCUUUGGCAAUUUAUGUCAACAGAAAUGUACAUGGUGUGAUGAAGGACAAUUCUGUGACCACAUCACUGGUCAGUGCCUGGCUAUUAUCUGUCCACCUGGUUAUACUGGACAUACCUGUCAGAAAGUUUGUCCUGAAGGAACAGCAGUCAUUGAGUGUUUAGACAAAUGUCCUAAGUGUGACAAUGGAGGGUUAUGUGAUUAUAAAUUAGGGAGGUGCAUCUGUUUACCUGGCUUCAGAGGAGAUUUCUGUCAAGCUGCUGGUAAUUAA